AUGGGCUCUCUCGGCCGGCUCUCCCCUGGCGGGAGCAUAGCGCUAGGAAUCGUGGUCGGUGUCAUGUCCACGAGCGUCCAGAGCCUCGGUCUUACCCUCCAACGAAAAUCCCACAUCCUCGAAGAUGAAAAAGACCCUCACAUUGCCCGCCGGCCACCACACCGCCGACGACGAUGGCAGCUCGGCAUGGCCAUGUUUAUUGUGGCCAACCUGCUCGGAAGCUCAAUCCAGAUCUCCACCCUCCCGCUCCCCGUUCUCUCCACCCUCCAGGCCUCUGGCCUCGUCUUCAACUCCAUCUGCGCCACCCUCAUCCUUGGCGAACCCUUCACACGCUGGUCACUCUACGGCACACUGCUCGUAUGUUCCGGUGCCGUCCUCAUCGCCAUCUUUGGCGCUAUCCCUGCUCCUGCGCACGAUCUGGAUGAGCUGCUCGAGCUGCUUGUUCGACCAGCAUUUGUUGCGUGGAUGUCGCUGCAGACCGUCGUCGUCCUGUCGAUAGCUGUCUCGGUCGAGGUCGCCAGCGCCCUGCUCUUUACGACGCUUGCACAAACGUCGCGUUUUCGGUUGGCAAGAGGCCUUGCUUACGGCUGCAUCAGCGGCAUCCUGUCAGCGCACUCGCUUCUUGUGGCCAAGUCCGCUGUCGAGCUGGUCGUUCGCACCAUCACGGACGGCAACAACCAGUUCCGCCACUGGCAAGCGUGGGCACUGGUGAUCGCGCUGAUCACGUUGGCGCUCACGCAGCUGUACUACCUGCAUCGCGGCCUCAAGCUGGUCUCUACGUCUGUGUUAUACCCGCUUGUGUUCUGCAUUUACAACAUUAUUGCGAUCCUAGACGGACUGAUCUAUUUCCGACAAACGGACAUGAUUGGACCGCUUCGGGCGUGUCUGAUUUCGCUCGGCACCGUCGUCCUUCUGUCAGGUGUCCUUGCCCUGUCUUGGCGCCUCAGCGACGAACAGCACCCUCCUGCUGUGGGCCAGUCCACCCUCGCACCUGGGCUUGGCCUCGUCGAGGACACGGAGGGUGAGGAGGAUGAAGAAACCCUUCUUCUUGGCCGCGACUUAGUGACUGCCGACGACGAUGACGUGGAGAGAAAUACAGACGGCAAUGGCGUCGGCGAGAGACGCAGCUUGCUUGGAAAGUCCAAGUUUGUUUCAUCUUACCAGACUUUUGGGUUCGGUACCCUCGAAAACGGCGACUCGCCCACAAGACCAGAGGUUGAGUCGCCCGCGACACAUCCCACGUCACCUAAGCUCGGUCGUAGGCAGACAGCGGCCGGCAUCUUUGGCGGCACGGCCGGAGGCACAACACCAGGCCUCCACACACCAUCUCGCUGGACCGAGCGGGCCGAGAUCUGGGACGAACUGGAGGACCAGAACGACCGCCGACCCAGCUCGGGUGGGUCGGGUAUGAAGCGCCAUCGCAGCAGUACCCUGCCAGUUCUUAUCAGCGAACAGCCACCACACACUCCCACCAAUACAUCACAUUCGCCACUUUCUCCGUUCUCGGCCGCUCGUAGAGGGGUGAGCAGCGGCUCGCCAUCGUUUCUGCGAAGCACCAAUGCAGGGUCUGCCGCGGACGGUCAUGGGCGGGAGGUCACGGACCAAGACGCUGACGCAGAAGCGCUCGCCGCGUACCGUAGGUCGUUCCGGCGGCGAAGGAAGACGAUGGGUUUCCCUGGUUUCCAUGCACGACGCGGCAGCCGCCGAAGCCUUAGUGGUAGUUUCAGUGUGGGCGCUGCAGGUGGCAACAGUAGCAAUGCGAACACGCCCGGUACCGGUGAGACGCGCAGCGCCCGCGGUGUACAGAACGCACUGGGUGGUCUGUGGCGGAUGGGCUGGUGGAACAACGAAAGUGGCGGCGGCGUUGGUGACGCGGCCCGGUUGGACAGACCCCCAACACAAGAGACUGUGUCGUCGCCCAUUCGGCCGCACCACCGAACAGCCGACGACGAGCAUGGCCGACCGUCGACGCCCCCGGGCCACACCGACUACGGUGAUGAACAAGGCGACGCGGACAUGGUGUAG